AUGGCGGGACUUUGCCCUCCCGGCGGCCUGGAGCACCUGGAGCUGGGGCGGCUGCGGGACCCGCCGGGCAGCAGCGGCGGAGUCGUCGGCGGCGGCGCUUCUUCUCCUUCGCCUCCUCCUUCGUCUUGCUCGCCGUCGCCGCCGCUCUCGUCUUGCUCGAGGCAGGCCUGGAGCCGGGACAACCCGGGCUUCGAGCCCGAGGAGGAGGCGGGCGAAGCGGCCAGGGCGGCUGGCGGGAGCGCGGCGGUGGCGGCGGGGCCCGUGCUGCAGAUGGGCGUGGUGGAGUGGGGCCGAGGAGGGGCGCCUUCGCCCUCGGAGCCCGACGCCCGGCGCCCGGGAGGGCCCGCCGAAAGCGGGAGGCAGCGGAGGCGCAGGCGGCGCGGCGAAGAGGGGGAGGGCGGAGGGGAAGGCGAAGGCCAGCGGCCUUGCUCCGCCGGAGGCGCCCCGACGCCGCGUUUCCCUCACGAGGAGACGGGCGAGGAGGUCGCCGAGCAGCCGCCGCCGCCUCGCCGGCUCGCCUGGGCCAAAGGGAUGGCGCACCGCCUGCGAGGUGAGUGACCGCCCGGCCGGGCCCUUCUGUCGCGCUUCCCGGCUCGCAUCUCUCCUGCCUCACCUUAUUACUUUCAUGUUUCUCGCGAGUCAAAUAAUCCAUUCAGCUCCUCUGCAAUCUCCUUGCACACCUUUGAUUCCCUUGUUGGCCAAAAGCUCUACCACAGGCAUGUCCAAAGCCCGUUUUGGGGGCCCCUUCGGCAGUUUAUGGGGUAAAAUCCUAAAAAACAACAACCAACAACUUCAAUCCUAAAUAAAGCGCAACAACUUCAACCCUAAAAAAAAGCUCAAUAAUUUCAAUCCUAAAAACAGCGCAACAACUUUGGUUGGCCCUCACGGCCCUUCCCUUCAUCAAAUCUGGCCCUCCUUGAAAAAAGUUUGGACACCACUGCCCUACCACCUCCUUGUCUCCUCUCCUGCUACUAAUGCUUUUUUAUUAAGAGCCCAGGAAGCUGCUUUCUAUCCAGUCAGACCUUUCCUUCAUCCAUCUAGCUAAUCUAUCUCAAAAAGUUGUAACGCUUUGAGCCAAACUAGUUAUAAUGGGGAAAACCAAGCAAAGUAGUUCACUUUUGUUUGCAUCUGAUGUGGGAUACACUGCGUGUACUGUUUUCCAACAAAGUUUUUUACCAUUUCAUGCAAACCAGUAGGUAAUACGUAUUUGACUAGAAAAGCACACAGGUUUGGCAUGAAAAAGAUUUCUCGCCCAGUGCUGAAGACUUCUUGCAGACUAGGCUACUUUAAAAGAAAAUAUUGAAGUUGUUCAAGUUCCUAAGAGAAAAUCCAAAGCUAACAGUAAAGAUGUUAUAUGGGAGCCUCCUCAAAAAAUGUAGACACUUUACUUUGGACUCUAAGCUGGCAAACGUACAUGCAGAAUUGCAGUGGCAUAGACUGCAUGAUUUCCAAAUCCUCAGGAAUCAGUAUCCCUUUAAAAACCACAUGCAAUAUGGUUUAUACAAUAUUGUUAAGUUGUUGUAUACACUAUUGUUAAGUUGUUGCUGUUUUGACCAGGAGACUUUUUGGAGGGGGGAAACAGCAGAAAAGCAAUGUGUUUGAUUAUAUAUAUAUAAAAACCUGCACCCUGCCAAGUUUUGCGAAUUGCAGCUCCGUCAGAGUACAUUUCAAGCUUUCUGUUGCCUAGUCAACCAGUAUUUGCUCAUUUGUUCCAGUUCAGGAUAACCAUCUAGCUACAAAUUCCAGAAGGAGAGCCAUCUUAGCCCAUAGCAGCAAAAAAGCAAACAGUGCUGUGACAGAUAUUUGCUGGUUUGUUGUGAUAUGAGCUUGCAUAAGCAAUUUUUUCCAUGUUUCACUCGCUCCCAUUUUUGUUUGGGUUAGUGUAUUCUUUACAUCGUCCUCUGUGGACUGGGCGCUUUACAGAGUAUGAAAGGGGAAAGGGCCUUGUUCAGAAGAACUUACAAACUAAAAUUUGACAUUGAGCCAUUGGAAGGUAGAGUCAGGGGUAGACAGGUAAACAAGACUUGGUUACAAGCUUAAUUAUAGCAAGUUGUGGGACAUUCAGGUUAAGCUUUUUUUGUGUUGAGUAUUUUCCUGCAAAAUAUUCCCAACCGCUUUGUAUAAUUUCAACCCCUCCCAAAAAAAGCCCCGGCAUUGAGUAGUUUUCUAUUACCUUCUUGUGACUAGGUAAUAUGCCGGCUAAUCUUUUUUACAGUCACAUACUGAAGCACUUCUUCUUGGUGAAGAGAAUGUAUAGUAUUUACUGACGCUUUGAUUUUAGGUCAUGUUUUGGCAUAUGUACUAAAUCUUAGAGAUACUUCUGGCAGCACAUGGUGCUAAAUCCUUACUUCAUUGUUGUUGUUGUUUUAACCUUCCAUUGUUGCUGAUGUAUUAAUCUCAAAAUCUGUACUGUUCAAAACGUCCCAAUAUUUUAAAUGAAUGGAAAAUAUUUACAGGAGAUCCAGCAGCAGUUGCUUAAAAAGAUAACGUUACCUAAAACACACAGCAAUCAGUUAUGUGUAAUGUGUAAUGUUUAAGUCUCAACAGAUCCACCAAUUCAGAUGUUUUGGAGAAACAGAGUGGAGCGUCCUCAGCAUACUCAUAGCUCCUUGCCCCAGAAUGUUAAAGCCCAAAAUGUUAAAGCAAUAUAUGGUAGAUCUGGUAGUUUGUGUAGGAGGGAAAUGAAUGCCAGAGCUUAUAUACCAAAUUAAAAUCAAAUGCACACUUUGACCUGAUUGUAUAGGCACAGUUAAACAUGUCAGUAUGUUACAUUUCUUAUGUUUUUUCUGUUAAUGCUUCCUUUUCAAGGUCUGUGGGGUACUACCCUAAUGGAAGAAACCACAACCAGAGAGAGAUAUCUGAAAAGUGUUUUACGAGAACUGAUCACGUACUUGAUUUUUCUCCUGGUCUUGUGUUUCUGUAAGUAGACUCUUGCUAUCACUUUAACAUGAUAACUAAUAAUGACCACUAGUUAUUCUUAACAGGUAAUUCAGUAUAGUUCUAGUGGGUUGUUGUUUUUAAAGCAUUCCUCUUUCAAGACUAUGGACUGGCAUUGUUCCUAAAAUUAGUUAUUCAGCUGUAAUGGUUAUACAUUUUCUCUGAUUCAGUGUGUCUCUACAUGGUUAAUAGUCCUAGAAAAGAAAUAGCACAUGUGCUAACCUGUCUUGACAAUUCAUGAACGUCCAUCUUUUAUAGAAAAAGAGAGCCUUACAUUAUGCUAUCAAAAUUCAGUUGCAGAUGAUAUUACGAUUUUGCAAAAGCAACACUGCCACUCACAAAAUUGAAGUUCUGUAUUUGGUUCAGUUCCUCACCUGUGCUAAGGUGGGUUUUUUUGGGGGGGGGUUUAAGGAAUAAUUUUGAGUGUCAAGAACAAUAUUUCAUAAUCCUCUCUUCACUAGUGGAAAUCAACAAACAGAGCAUAUGAGUAAAGUGAAGAAGAUGCUACUGACAAGUUAUUAGUCUCUUCCCUUUCGGAGCACGGCUGGUGCAAGCUCAUUUGUGCUUAUGCCAGUAGCGUUGCUUCCUAAAGAAACAAAAAAUAUUCUGAGAGCAUUUUGCUGUUCUGCAGUGCAGGCUUUCUGUGAAGUUUAUUGCUGUUAGAGGCUAUCCAUAUUAGCAGCUUAGGCAGCUGAUUAACCAGAUGUGAAUUUGUAUGAAAUGCAUUGCUGUCUAAUGUGGUUUCAUUGAAAUUGCGAAGUUGCCAUCUUUUCCCUUUUUAAAAAGAUAUAUAUGCAAGAAACAUUUUUGGAUCGUAUGGACCAUUUUGUUUGAAUUAUUAGAACAAUUUUUAGAUUUGCUUAUGGUUCAGAUAUUUGGAGAAAUCAAAUAUGUAUUCUUCCAGCCAGCAGUUAGGUGCUCAAAACUUGGUUGUGACAUGAUCUAAAAUGGGUUACAUAAGCAGCAGCGCCACCAUUUUCUUUCUUUUGUUUAAAUGUUUUAAAGGACAGGAGAAAGAGGAGAGUACUAGAAAGAGAAGGACAAAGAUGGACUUGCGCAGAAAAAUAGUCAAAGGUAGAUUCCAUGAUGAGGGUUGAGUUCAAAGGUGGGUCAAAAAGGAUGAAAGCUACUGUUAAGAUAUACAAUAUUUUAGGUCUUUCUGUAACGGGGCCACUGAUGCUACAGCACAUUUAUUUGGGUGGAGCAUGAAAUCAGGCAGGUUCCAACAAGAUUGUGGGCAUUCCCUCCCCCCUAUUCCUGAAUCAGUAUAGGAUCAGUCCCAGACCCCCAUUGGCGUCUGCUAGAUAAAUCGUAGAGUGUUUGAAUCAAAAGUUUAUUUACCUACUGGGUUCAUAACACAGCCUAAAAAAAUAUUGUUUGAUACUUGUAUGGGUUGUAUGUUGUUGUUUUUUUUAAAAAAACAUUUUGACUCCCCCCCCCUCCAACUUGCGUUUACAGUGUCAUAUGGGAUGGUGAGUUCGAAUAUGUACUACUACACAAGGGUGAUGUCACAGCUCUUUCUAGACACACCAGUGUCAAAAAUGGAGAAGACCAAUUUUAAAACGUUAUCUACAAUGGAAGACUUCUGGAAGGUACUGUGGCAUUUGGUUUUUGAGCAGGAAUAUGUUCAAAUAAUAUGUACAUGGUGUGUUAUCAGAAAAAAUAUGAAAGCAAUUUUAGUCUAUUGCAGUGUUGAAAAGUAUGUAUGAUUUGGCAGGAGUUAAUGGUACGAUUUAAUCCAGUCUUUCAAAGACGCCAGUUAAUGAAACUACAACUACCUCACCUUCUUAUUUCUUGUGGUGCAAUGAUGACUUAAUUGGAAAAAGAUUUAGGUAGGUAGCCAUGUUGGUCUGAUGCAGUAAAAAAAUAAAAAAAUAAAUUGUCCAGUAGCACCUUAGAGACCAACUAAGUUUGUUCCGGGUAUAAGCUUUCGUGUGCAUGCACACUUCUUCAGAUACACUGAAACAGAAGUCACCAGACCCUUACAUAUAGUGGGAGGGUGGGGUGGGGUUAGUUAGGAUAAAACCAACUUCUCUCCAGUACAGUGGUACCUCGGGUUAAGUACUUAAUUCGUUCCGGAGGUCCGUACUUAACCUGAAACUGUUCUUAACCUGAAGCACCACUUUAGCUAAUGGGGCCUCCUGCUGCUGCUGCACCGCCGGAGCACGAUUUCUGUUCUCAUCCUGAAGCAAAGUUCUUAACCUGAAGCACUAUUUCUGGGUUAGUGGAGUCUGUAACCUGAAGCGUAUGUAACCUGAAGCGUAUGUAACCCGAGGUACCACUGUAUACAAAAGUUUCUCUUUGGAUUGCCUGGAAACAGUUCUUGCCAUCAACAGGACUAGUUUUCUAUAGUAUGAACAGAUAUACACAGAGGAUUAUGCUGUAAUAGUAGAAAUUGUUACACCAUGCCUAUUCUAAAACAUUAUUCGGUGAUAAAAUUGUAUCUUUAAAAAAAAAACAACCUGCAGAAUCUUAGCAAGAGUUAAUUUCCUUGAAACUGCAUUCUGUUUCAGUUCACUGAGGGUCCUUUGCUAGAUGGCCUGUACUGGGAGAUGUGGUACAACAACAGAACCGUGGCAGAGAACAGGAGUUUUAUCUACCAUGAGAACCUGCUUUUGGGAGUGCCUCGCAUUCGACAGCUGAAAGUGAGGAAUGGCACGUGUUCAAUACCUGAAGAUUUAAAAGAUGAAAUUAAAGACUGUUACGAUGUUUACUCUGUGAGCAAUGAGGACACUGCUCCGUUUGGGCCUCGCAAUGGAACCGCGUAUGUAUUUUUCUCACAUAAAUAUAGCCAACUCUAGCAAUCUGGAGCAGAUUUGGGGGGAAUGCAGGAGCCUGUAGGGUGAAGGGGGAAUCCAUCUCACAAAUGGGGGCUGUUCUUCUGGUGUGGGGACUUUGUUAGAUUUCAUUCAAUCUGUGCUGUAGUCCCUAUAAAAGCACUACAGUAAUACCUCGGGUUACAGCCGCUUCACGUUGCGUUUUUUAGGGUUACGGACCGCCGAAACCCGGAAGUACCGGAACGGGUUACUUCUGGGUUUCGGUGGUUGCGCAUGCGCAGAAGCGCUAAAUCACGCUUUGUGCAGAAGUGCCAAAUCGCAACCCGUGUGUCCACAGACGCGCAGACCCGGGUUUCAAACGCUGCGGGUUGCGAACGUGCAUCCCACAUGGAUCACGUUUGCAAACCGAGCGUCCACUGUAUUUUACCUGAGAUCCCAUAACCACUAAUUUGUUUCUGCUAACAUAAACAGCCUGUGUAAAUUUGAAAAAAACUGUUUUCUUUAAUAGUUCAGAUGCAUCCAUGUCUGCCACAACAGUUUAAUUUUGAUGGAGAGAGAAAAGGCUGAGAGGGAAUUUCCUCCAUCUGUGUCAGAAUUGUUAACCCUAAGAAUUUACAGUUAGGUUUUCCUGCAAAGUAGUAGACAUGCAUGAAAAGAAUUUCUUCAGUGUGUCUUUUCCGGUUGCAUUUCAGUUGGAUUUAUACCAAUGAAAAAGAUCUGAAUGGAAGCAGCCAUUGGGGGUUGCUUGCAACUUACAGUGGAGCUGGCUAUUACCAGGAUCUGUCCAGAAGCAGAGAGGAGACAUCUGCUUUAAUUCUUGGCCUUAAGAACAGCUUGUGGCUUGACAGAGGCACACGGGCAACAUUUAUAGAUUUUUCAGUGUACAAUGCAAACAUCAAUCUCUUCUGCAUUAUCAGGUAAGUCUGGAAUUGUUGGAUGAUGGAACACAGCCUUUAUGAAGCAGAUGGUAGCGUCUGCUUUCACUGUGUAGAUUUAGAGCAGGCUUCCUCAACCUCGGCCCUCCAGAUGUUUUAAGACUACAAUUCCAUUGUCCCUGACCACUGGUCCUGCUAGCUAGGGAUCAUGGGAGUUAUAGGUCAAAAAUAUCUGGAGGCCCGAGGAUGAGGAAGCUUGAUUUAAAGCAUCUGUGCGUAUUUAUUCAGAAGUAAUUAACAUUGAAAUCAAUGAAAACUAGAGCCAAACUAUAUACCGUAUUUUUUGCUCUAUUAGACACACUGGACGAUUGGACGCACAUAGUUUUUAGGGGAGGAAAACAAGAAAUAAGAAAGGAUUGCAAAGCAUCCUGAGCUAAGAGGGAGCGCUCCUCCAUCUUCGCUCAGGAGGCUUUGUGGGGCUGCCCUUGAAGCCAGGAGAGCAAGCAGGAUCGGUGCGCACCAAUCCCUCUUGCCGUCCUGGCUUCUUCUUUAGCCGUGAGCAGCCUUUCCCGGGCAAGGGGAGCCUUCAUCCCCUGCCCGGGAGAGGCUGCACGCGGCUAAGGCUACCCCAAGAGCCGCGCUCCCUCUAAAGAGCACGCGGAGGGUGUGUGCGACUCUUGGGGGCUUUUCCCCGAGGAAAAAAGCCCCCAAGAGCCGCACACACGCGGCUCUUUAAAGGGAGUGCUGAGCAGAGCCUCCCGCCUUCAUUCGCUGCAUAAGACGUACACUUACUUUUUAGGAGGGGAAAAGUGCCGUCUUAUAGAGCGAAAAAUACUAAUAACAAGGUGAAUUAAUUAUACAUGUCUUUAUUUUUUGAAAUGCAGGUUAUUGGUGGAGUUCCCACCAACAGGAGGCCUCCUUACAUCUUGGCAAUUCCAGCCUGUAAAGUUGAUCCACUACAUUUCCACUUUUGACUUCUUCCUGGCUGCCUGCGAAAUUGUCUUUUGUCUUUUUGUUCUUUAUUACGUGGUGGAAGAAAUCCUGGAAAUUCACAUACACAGACUCUUUUAUUUCAGGAGUCUUUGGAAUUGUCUUGAUGUUCUCAUUAUCGUGGUAAGUGAGAUCUAAGGACUACAAAUCUUUCAGUAGUGUCACUGCUGUCUUUUGAGAGAAGUGCUUGUGGAUUGAUGUGAAGAGUGGACUGACUCACUAGUUCUAAUGGGCACAGACCUUGGGUAGUUUGUCUCGUGAGUUCCCUGUGCAUGAGGAGGCAGUGUGCCUAUCUGCUCUUCCAGUGGUUCUGCACUGGUUCUGUAGCUGCCUCUUGCUGGGAAAGAAAACCUCUAGGGGAGUUGUCAUGAUGGUUGAGUUCUCAGUUAUCCCAUGGAGAGGGAGAGAUAUUGCAAGACUAGGCAGUUCUGUGUCUCACAAGAUUUCUGGACAAGAGUUACAGGUUCUUCUUAUGCUCUUUUAAGAUGCAUGUUCCAUAUUAUUUAUGUACUCUUUCUCUGCCCUCAGCUGUCGGUGGCAGCUAUUGGAAUUAAUAUAUAUCGAACAUCUGCUGUGGAUAGGUUACUGAAGGAGCUGCUGGAAAAUCAAAAUAACUUCCCAAAUUUUGAACCUUUAGCAUACUGGCAAACACAGUUCAACAAUAUUGCAGCUGUCACCAUGUUUUUCGUCUGGAUUAAGGUAAUUCGUGCUUAACUUAAAUGGCAUUUCAUCCCAUAUAUUAAUAUCUUUUUAACGGAAUUUGUAUUUGUUAUUUCGAUAAAUCAGUUUACAUCCAAAUCUGUUCAUGAUUUUAUUCCUUUAAACAUGUGUUGUGCCCUACCCUGCCAUAAAGACUCAUAGCAGGAAAGAGAACAUUCCAAACCAAGGGCAAAAUCCAUCAAAUCCAAAGUUGCUUUUGAAACUCUUUAUAUUUUAAGAGCUAAUGUUGAUCCAAGAAAGCUGUUGCUAGAAAGGAAGAGAAAACUCAAUUGGCUAGACCACCUGCUUUUUGCCUUGAAAGAAUGAUUAAAAUAUUUGAAAAUUAGAUUUAAAUGUAAAUUUCAUUUCCAAGUGACUUAUUACAACACUGUUUUCUGCUACUUGUGUCAUCCUUGGUAUCUUGUGCUACUUAGCAGAGAGAGUUCCUUUGAACCUUGUUUUGCCAGUACCAGCAUACUACACUCUGAAAUAAUUCAGCUGUAAAAGCCAGAUACCAUUUUUCAUAAUUUUUGAACCAAUACGCUCUAAUCCACUGUGGUUUGUGAGUGUCUGCCAAACCAGGACCUGAAUCCAUGAUUUAAAGGUUCAGCAAACAAGGAUUUGGUGUAGCCUCUGCACCACUCCAUAGUUUGCAAAGUUUGGCUGGCUUCCAUUGUUUAGAAUAGAAUCCAGAGAAUCACAGAGAAGGCAGGAGAAGAAGAAAACCACAAAAACCAUGGCUUCCAUGUGUUUGCCUGGAGCACACAUUGUGAAUUGGAGUCCGUCUAUGAUUAGUACAAACCGUGGCUUGGCAAUAUGUCUGAACAAGUCUACAGAAUUGUUUAAUAUUCCUUUUGUGGUUUACAGUAUUUAGCAGCCUAAUUCUUCUCCCUGUUUCCUACUCUCACUCAAUUACCCAGCUCAUGAAAUAUUUUUCUGUUCUUUGACAGCUCUUUAAAUUUAUCAGCUUCAACCGAACAAUGAACCAGUUAUCUACCACGAUGUCACGAUGUGCCAAAGAUGUUCUUGGGUUUGCCAUUAUGUUUUUCAUCAUUUUCAUAGCCUAUGCUCAGCUAGCUUACCUUGUGUUUGGUGCACAAGUUGACGAUUUCAGUACCUUCCAGGACAGUGUGUAAGUACAACAAUAGAAUCUUUAAAAGGCUGCCAGUGGCUUAGCAAAUGUCCUCAUCGGACACAGAAGAUCGCAUCAAAUUCAUUGUUAGAAUUCUGUCUGUUUUAGUGAAGUUCUUCUUGUGGAUUUUCAAAAUUCUAGCAUCAAAUAAAUUUCUCUGACGUUACGCAAAACUUAGAACCAUAUGAUUGUAGAGUUGGAAGGGACCUGGGGGUCAUGUAGUCCAACCCUCUGCAAUGCAGGAAUACGCAGCUGCUCCAUAUGGGGAGCAGACCUGCAAUCUUGGCAUUAUCAGCACCAUGCUGUAACCAACUGAACUUUUAGAAUCGAUAAAAUAUUUUAAUUUUUGCAGAUAUAUGUGCAAUGCAGCUGGACUUGUUUAGGCAGUUGCUAGCAGCCACCUAUCUUUGUGUUGAAAAGAAUGUUGUAGACCACUGCCAGAAUACAAAGGGGGGUGGGAUCAGUUUUAUGAGACUUACUCAACUAUUGGCUAAAACUGCAUUGUUCUCUUUAAAGUUUUACUCAGUUCCGCAUCCUGUUGGGAGAUUUUGACUUUACAGAGAUUGAAGAAGCUAACAGAGUUUUGGGACCAGUUUAUUUCACUACAUUUGUGUUCUUUAUGUUCUUCAUUCUUUUGGUAUGUAACCACUUUUGUUUUAUUGUCAUCAUCCUCUUAAGUUGAAUUUUAUUUGUUUUGUUUUAUUAUCUUUCCUGGGCUUCAAUACGACUAAUACUCAAAGGGCCUUAACAGUGUGCAGUUUCUGAGUUGUGUAUGUCCACAUGAUAAUGUCCACUCCUCAUUAUAAAAAAGUAACAGUUGUACAGUUUGACAGUAUGUGCGUGGGGCCCUGGGGAAGUGCAGGCACAAGUAUCCUGCCCCAAUCUGUUACGAGCUUACUCAGUUUCUGGAAUGUGAGACUGUGACUGCUUUGCGUUCCAUUCUUAAAUUGUGAAAUACACUUCGUAGAGAUGGCAGCCUCUCCCUAUUGUCCAUGUCCUUCUUGCAUUUUUCAAUUGAGGUGGAUCAAGAGGCCUUCAUUCUUCCCAAGCUCAGUUUGAACUCUAAAUAAACCUAAAACUAAAAUCAGUUCAGGAGCUGUUAUUUUGAGACAAAGCAUUAUGGAAAUGAGUUAUGGCUAUGAAUGCAACUACCUGUUGUUGUUGUUGUUGCCCAUUGUUGUUGUUAUAUCUACUAUAUUUAUACACCAUGCUUUAUCCAAGGAUCACGGGGCCAUUCACAGUAUACAUCUACAGCUCUUGUCAGAGUGCGUGAUGCUGAAAGGGGGAGGGAGAGCACCAAGCCUGGCCUAAUUUUAUUUUUCUUUUGCAUUUGACCCCAGAGGGUUAUACAUUAUAUCAUCAUCAUCAUCAUCAUCAUCAUAUAUUAUUUAUACCCCACCCAUCUGGCUGAGUUUCCCCAGCCACUCCAGGCAGCUCCCAAUCAAGUGUUAAACACAAUACAGCAUUAAAUAUUAAAAACUUCCCUGAGCAGGGCUGCCUUCAGAUGUCUUUUGAAGAUAGGAUAGCUGCUUAUUUCCUUCACAGCCAGCUGAAGGGAGGGUGUUUCACAGGGUGGGCACCACUACUGAGAAGGCCCUCUGUCUGGUUCCCUGUAACUUCACUUCUCACAAUGAGGGAACCGCCAGAAGGCUCUCAGCGCUGGAUCUCAGUGUCCGGGCAGAACGACGGGGGUGGAGACGCUCCUUCAGGUAUACAGGACCGAGGCAUGUUCACUCUUUUUGAGAGGACAGGAUAAUGAACAACUAGUUCUGGUGGAGCUGUUGCAAAUUACCCUCAUUAUUCUAGGUCCCCCUUCCUCUCACUUGGACAGAGCCUGCUGUUUUCUUUGAAAGUUACAAAACUUAAUCUUAGCAUACGCUCAGUAACUAUAUUUUAAUGAAGUCAAAGGCUUUGGGUUUGUUUGUUUUUCAAGCUGCAUUUUAAAAUGCUUUGUCUUAAACAGAACAUGUUUUUGGCCAUCAUCAACGAUACAUACUCUGAAGUCAAAUCGGAUAUGGCGCAGCAGAAAUCUGAAAUGGAACUGUCGGAUCUUAUAAGAAAGGUAAAAGCCUUUUACAGGUAUCUUUGCUGCCUUGACCUUACGGCACAAGCAAGGGGCUCAGAGCCCCUUCAGAAUGGUUAGCAAAUUAAUUCACAAUUCCUGAUUGGCAAAUUAAUUUACCAGUUCCUUUUAUUAAUCAUAUUUAAACAUGGAGCUUCAGCUGGUAUUUUAUGAAGGUACCUGAAUGCAGCUCCCAGGACAUGUCAGGGAUAAGGAACUUGUAGGCAUUCAGCAGUUGGACUCGCAACUCCCAUCAACUCCAACCUGUAUAGCCAUCAAGGCUGAUGGAAGCUGUCCAUCAUCUGGAGGGUCCAAGGUUUCCAUCUCUGGCAGGGAGAGCUGACAGUCUCUUCCCCAUCCAGUGCACCACUCUCUCCUUUACAGUCCUCCACACGUGGGAGAGCAAGUUUCUGAAGUGAGGAGGCCCUCCCUGCAUGUUAGAACCCUGGAAAGUCAAUAUCUUCAUGUGAGUAAACUUAACAGCUGAAGAAGAUUGACACUGAUCUCUUUAGCAGUUAGAAAGCAGCAAUGUACAGGUCACAGGUCAGUUAGAAAGCAUUUUGCCACACAAAACAUUCCCAAGUUAAUCCUCUGAUGUGGAAGUAGGAAGCUCAGUGCAUUCAUACCAAAGGUAAUGUGAGAGGAAAGCAUCCAUAAAAAUACACAGUUAUAGCAUAUGCUGCUAAGUUUUAUAGCUUUGACUAUAUAUACAGACUGUAUUUCCUAUUUCAGGGUUACACUAAAGCCAUGGUGAAAUUAAAACUUAAAAAAACACCAGUUGAUGACAUUUCAGAGAGUCUGCGACAAAGCGGAGGCAAAUUGAACUUUGAUGAACUGCGGCAAGACCUGAAGGGGUAAGUUUAACUGUCCUCCUCUGUAAAACAGUUGUACCUCUGCUUAUGUAUCCCUCUGGAUAUGUAAACUUUGACUUGCGAAUGCGGCAAACCCGGAAGUGUAUACUGCUGGGUUUCGUCGCAUGCACAGAAGUGGUGCCUUUGGAUGUGGACUUUUCAGGUUGCAGACAGACCCCCCGGAAUGAAUUAAGUUUGUAUCCGGAGGGCCCACUGUACUCUCCCAGCAAAAGGCUCUUGGUGACCAUAGUUCAAGAACAAUGGUGGUGAGUAGCCUUUUCAGCAUCCUGAACUUGCUUUCCACAUGGUGCAUUAAGGAGUAAUUAAUUUCACCAACCUUUUUUUGUGCGAUGGGUGGAUUUUGAUCUUUUUCAAUGGAUAUUUUUGUAUGGAAUGCCAAUUUUAGACAUACUAACGAUAGCAAAAUAACAUCAUGGAUCCAAGGAGCAGUUAUAUUUGCUGAUUUGUGUCUGUUCAUGCAUAAUGUUUUAACUUCUCCUACCCUGUAUCCUUUGGCAACCUUUUGUUGAAGCUUGUGUGUGUGUGUUUUAUUUCCAGAAGGGGACACACUGAUGCCGAGAUUGAAGCCAUCUUUACAAAGUAUGACCAAGAUGGAGAUCAGGAAUUGACUGAGCUGGAGCAUCAGCAAAUGAGAGAUGAUUUGGAAAAAGAGAGGGUGAGUUAUGGUUUAAAUACCACGGGAUGACUUCCUGAAAUGAACAAAUACUGUUUUUAGCUGUAUUCGCUAUUAGAAGUCUGGAUUAUAUGAUCCAAGCUACUGCUUUUGCUUUCAGCGAAGCAGUUUUAUCUUAUUUUUGCUUGCUCCAUUUGUACUGUAUUCUGCUUGUGCAGAUCUUGGACCAGUGCAAGGCAGAGUAGAACGACGCCUUAUGUUUGGCCUUGCCGAGCCACAAAUGCCAUCGUUAGUUUCAGAAUAAAGAAGGUAAAAAUGGCAAGACACAAAGUACACAUGGAAUAAUGCUGCAGGAAGCUGUCUCAAAUAAUCACUUAGGCAGAAUUUUGAAUUUCAGUUUGUGGCAAGCAUGGGUCCCUGGUUGUAACAAGCUCGGGAGGAAAGAGAGCUUUGUGUAUUUCUGAUAUUGUGCCUGCCCUACGAACCUUAUAGCCUUUGUUAUUUUCACCAAGGAGGACUUAGAGUUAGACAGAAGCUCUCUGAAUCGUCCGCUGAGCGGCCGUAGCUUCCCACGAAGCCUGGAUGACUCUGAAGAGGACGACGAUGACGACAGCGGACACAGCUCCCGGAGGAGAGGCAGCAGCUCAAGUGGGGUUUCGUAUGAAGAAUUUCAAGUGUUAGUAUUAGGAAUUUUGGGGGUUUUAAAACAAUGUCAUUGUCCAACACAGUUCUGGAUAUUCCUUUUGAAAUGCAUCCUAGGAAACGACCUCAAUCUGAGCCAGGCCACUGGUCGUCCAUCAGGUUCAGUCUUGUCUACACUGACUGACAGCAGCCUCCAAGAUUUCAGGCAGGGGAUAUUCCCAGCCCUACACGGAGAUGCUGGGAACUAAAUCCUGGGACCUUUGAAUGCAAAACAGAUGCUUUAACAUUGAACUGUGGUGCUCCAUCACUUACAAGCAGAGCCCUGCAACAACAUGUUGCUUGUAUCCCUCGUGUGGUUGUGUGAGAGAGACUUGAAUCUGUUACUUGGGGGUGGGCAUUAGCAUUAAAGGCAAGUAAAAGGUAAAGGGACCCCUGACCAUUAGGUCCAGUCGUGGCCGACUCUGGGGUUGUGGCGCUCAUCUUGCUUUAUUGGCCGAGGGAGCCGGCGUUCCGGGUCAUGUGGCCAGCAUGUCUAAGCCGCUUCUGGCGAACCAGAGCAGCACACGGAAACGCCGUUUACCUUCCCGCCGGAGCGGUACCUAUUUAUCUACUUGCACUUUGACGUGCUUUUGAACUGCUAGGUUGGCAAGAGCAGGGACCGAGGAGUAGAGCAGGAGCUCACCCCGUCGGGGGGAUUCGAACCGCCAACCUUCUGAUUGGCAAGUCCUAGGCUCUGUGGUUUAACCCACAGCGCCACCCGCGUCCCUUUUAUCAAAGGCAAGAGCUCCUGCUAUAACCAGGAUCUUCAUGGGUUUUGCGUUUGUUUGUUUGUUUGUUUUCAGCAUUUAUAUAUGUAUAAAAUAGCCUGCAUUCAAACCAGUGGGGCAUGAGGCUUCUGCUUGCAAUGGAGUGCUGGAUUUGUCUUGGGAGAAGGUGCAGGGAGAAGGCAGUUGCCAGAAAUUGCUCAGAGUUCCCUUGGUGGAUCACUGUCUACCUUCUUCCCAUCUCUGAUUUAUGAAUGUUCUGUAUUGCCUCUGGAAACUUCAGUCUGGGAACAUAAUGUGAAGGAAUCCAGCUGAAAAAUAUCUGAGGGAAAAUGCUUCUGUUCCAGUGGAAAACAGAAGGGGGAAUAACACUAAAUACAGAUGGGUAGUAACAACAAGCCGUCCUGUGACUAAGUCAGCAAAGGAAUGUGGGACUAUUGUUUCUGGACAGCUGUGCAUUUAUGCUGUCAUCCUGCUAGAAUAAGCUAAAACACUUGAGUAUCCUGACCACUCUCUAAUCUUGAUGUCUUUCUGUUGUGUGUUGCAAAGCCUUGCAUAGGGUUGUAGCUAUAUGAGCAGCCAGCAAGCAUAGGAGAUGAUUGUUGCUGAUUCUGUUGCCUAGGCAUUCUGAGCGAGGUGCUGAAAGGUUCUUGGGUUGCUGCUGUUAGUGUCCUUCCACAGUAGUACGUGUAGACUGCUCAAUUGUCUUCUGAGAUGUCCAGAUAUAGCGGAAUUCUACUUGAUUAUGAAUGUUCAAAGAACAUUGCAUGGUGCCUUUCCUCCCUUUUAAUCAAGGCUAUUGUAUAUUCAGCGGUAGAACUAUACGAUUGCCAGAGAACAUGAGCUCUCGGCUGUUUUUCUCAAUUUAAAGUGGCACCUCUUGUGUGCUCCAGAAGACAGUUGCCAUGCAAAGAAGCUGUGGCUCCCAUUGCUAUGGUCUGUGGAGUGUUGCUUGCAGCAUUUCACACACCCCGUAAUAAAAUAACCAUGUAUUUAUGCUUUGUUGCGGAUUUAUUUAUCAAGGUACUUCACCUGCAUUAAACUGUUGAAAUCCAUAUAACAGCCCUGCAAGGUUGGCUACUAUUCUUACCAUUACUGAAAAUGGGAGGUUGAAUGGGAGUGGCAUUCCUAAGGCCACUUCAUAGGUCCAUGUCAGAGGCAAAAUUCAAAGUGAGGCUUCCCUGAUUCAGAUGCUGCUUCAGUACUGACCACUUUGCUUGGCCGCGGCUCCUCGGGGUUUCUCCCUGUUCUUACACUACUUUUUCAUUGGAGAUGCAAGAGACUGAUCUGUGCAAAAGUACAUGAUAAUAGACCACUAGGGCAGAGGGGCUUUUUCCUAACAAGUAUUACAUGAAUUGCUUGAUCAUUAAAUCUCUAGUCAAAAUAAAAUACGCAUUGUUUAAGUAAAAACCAUAUUUUAUUUAAAAAAAUGUUUGGCUCUAGGUUGGUGCGGCGAGUGGAUCGCAUGGAGCAUUCCAUAGGCAGCAUUGUUUCUAAGAUUGACGCUGUCAUCGUGAAGUUGGAAGCCAUGGAGAGAGCAAAACUGAAAAGGAAAGAGGUGCUGGGAAGGCUGCUUGAUGGGGUCAUAGAGGUAACUCACAUGUGCCAGAAAAAGGCAAACAGUUCUUGCAAAUUUGCUGUUUCACUCUAUUCCUGUUUUCUUAAGACAAAGUAUUGUUUCUGUUAGCUGUGUUAGUAAUUUUUAACCAUUUAAACCACUGUCAGAGCUGGCUCCAGGUCCCAGCUCACAGAGGACCAACGCUAGCCGGCAGUAAUGUACAAAAGUCUUUAUUGAAGUACAGUUUCCAUUUUCAAGCCGCAGCGCCCCAGCACUACGUCUAGGGGUUAGCGCGGCGAAGCUCCAUCUGAGUCUCCGCCCCCUGUAGACCAGUUUAAGAUUCUACCCUUCCUCCACCUCGUACGUCUCUCCUUUCUCCUCUGGGUCCUGCUACCCCCGGGUCCCUUCCUUCCUGGAUUCUUCUGACGCUGACCCUCCUGACUCCUCCCCCUCUAUACGGCGGGCUUUGGGACCUGGCUCCCUAUCCGGGCUGCCAACUGCGCCGCCCUCCUGUACAAUUGAACUUGGCGCGCGCGCCCAGCCUUCAACCUUCCUCUCGACCGGUUCCUCGCUCCCCGAUGGAGGCGUGGCCAAUCCUGACUCAUGUCCUCCCACUGGCAGUGCGCCGCCUGAUCCCGAUGCCUGGGACCCCUCCCCCCUACUGCACUCUGGUGUGGACGCUGGUCCUGAUUUCCAACUGCUGCUCUCUGAGUCCCCUCUGGCCCCUUCUUCCUGGGGUGUCCCCUCGGCACCCCCUUGCUCUGACCAAGGGAGCCCCUUUCUGUGAAUCUUCCGAUUCGUUGGCCCUUUGGCAGGUGUCGCACCUCGAGACGUAAUCCGCGACUUCCCCCCGCAUCUUGGGCCACCAAAAAUCUCUGGCUACUAAUUCUACCGUCUUCUCCUUGCCAAAGUGCCCGGCGGUGGGUGCGUCGUGCAACUGCUGCAGUACUUUCGCGCGGAGGUCGUCUCCCGGUACGUAGAGGGCCCCUCUGCGGAUGAGCAAUCCGUCGCGUAUCUGGAACUCGUCGUCCUCCGCUGUGCCCCUUUGCACCUCUGCCAUCUUUGCUUGCGCGAAGGGGUCCUCCUGCAGUGCUCGACGUACAGCAUCCAGGUCCACGGUUGCUGAAGCGCACGCCCACGCUUCGGUGCGAAAAUGUGCUUGGCCGCUGCUGGUGCCGCCUCCUCGAGGUAUUGCGGCUUUCUGGACAGUGCAUCCGCCAUGAUGUUGUUGUCGCCUGGGAUGUACUCUAUCCUGAAGUCGAAAUCCGCAAAGAACUCCGCCCAUCGUAUGUGCCUCUGGUUCAGGAACCUUGCCGUGCGCCAGUACUCCAGGUUUUAUGGUCCGUGCGGACCUGCACUGUGUGUUUGGCUCCAAUGAGGAAGUGCCGCCACGCCUUGAAUGCUGCAUGAAUGGCCAGCAACUCCCUGUCCCAGAUGGUGUAGUUCUGCUCUGACUUGCUGAGCUUCCUGGAGUAGAAGGCACACGGUCUCCAGUCCCCAUGCGGGUCUUGCUGCAACAGUACUGCUCCCACGGCUCUGUCUGGGGCGUCCGUUUCAACCCUCAUCGGUCUGCUGGGAUUCACAUGCAGUAGCUGCUCUUCGGACGAGAAGAGGCGGCUGAGUUUCUGAAAGGACUGCUCCGCUUGCUCCGUCCAGAUGAACUUCUUCUUCUUGGAGCUGAGCGUGUCGGUAAUGGCCGCCGUCUGCAUCGCGAACCCCUUGAUGAACUUGCGGUAAAAGUUGGCGAAACCGACAAACCGCUGGACCUCCUUCCGAUUGCGCGGGCUCUUCCAGUCCAACACUGAGCGAACCUUGGCGCUGUCCAUGGCGAGCCCCUUGUCCGACAACUCGUAGCCCAGGAAAUCUACCUCCUUCAUGUCGAACUGGCACUUCUCCAGCUUGGCGUACAGCCUGUGCUCCUGCAGUCUCUGCAGAACUUCCUUGACGUCUCCCUCGUGGGUCUCCUCUGAUUCUGAAAAUAUCAGGAUGUCGUCCAGGAAGCAGACGCAUUUCUUGUAGAGGAGACCCGCCAAUACGUGAUGCAUGAAGGCUUGAAAACAGUGGGAGCCAUUUUGUAAUCCAAAGGGCAUAACUCUGUAUUCAUAGGUGCCCAGGAACAUGGCAGUCUUCCAUUCGUCGCCCUCCCGUAUGCGAAUCAGGUUGUACGCCCCUCGCAGAUCCAACUUUGUGAAACGCGUCCUUUCCUCACCGUUGCGAGCAGGUCAUCUAUCUUGGGCAUGGGAAAGGCUGUGGGCUUGGUUUUCGAGUUCAAAAUUCUAUAGUCCACCACAAGCCUUUUUUGGGGCGUGUCCUUCUUCUUCACAAAGAAUACAGGACUGCCCCCACUGCCUUCGACUCCUGGAUGAAACCGCGCUUCAAGUUGAGGUCUAUGAACUCCCUGAGUUCCUGCAGCUCGUCUUCAGACAUGGAAUACAGUUUCCCGGUUGGCAGCGUCGCCCCUGGCAGGAGGUCAAUCUUGCAGUCAUAGGACCUGUGGGGAGGUAGCUUGUCCGCUUCCUUCUCGCAGAAAACCUCCAAAACGCUGCGUACUUAGGUGGCACUGCUUGCAGCGUGCCUAAUUGUAGCUGCGGGUCAUCCUCUUCCCCUUCCGGGCUAGGCAGAAUGCAAUGUUCCGCACAGUAUGAGGAGCCGAAGGUCAGUUGUCGCUGGUACCACGCCAAUGCUGGGCUGUGCCUGUGCAGCCAACUCAUGCCUAAUACUAUAGGCGUGUCCGACAGUUGGGUGACAUUGAAGCUGAUGACUUCUCGGUGAUUCCCAAUUUGCAUCACCAUCGGCGAGUUUGCUGCAGCUCCUGCCCCCCCAGCAAUUCCCUGCCAUCCACCGUGACAACUUUCAGAGGCAGCGUGGCUGGCAGGAGUGCUAUGUUGUGCUCUUGAAUGAAAUCCAGUCCUAUGAAGUCUGCGUUACUACCAGAGUCAAUGGUAAUCGGCACUUCCAUAGUGAGUCCAUUGGGUAGUUGGAGCGAUGCUGUGAGCUGCACCACUGGUUUGGGCGGGAGGGGGACUGUGGGCUGCAAAAUCUCUGGGGACGGCUUCAUUGACUUGUCUGGCUGGGCCCCAGUGCCUCUUCCUCCAACCAGACUCUGUCGUUUCCCUGCUGUGGUUCUCUCUGCUGAGUUGCGUCUGUUACUGUUGCUGAGGCUGCAGUGUGCUUGUGGAGCCUCUGGGGACACUCUUUCGCCAUGUGCUGAGCACUGUCGCAGAUGUAGCACUUCCUGUUCCCUCUAGGAGGCUUCGCUUUGACUGCUCCCGGUGUUAGGGCUCUGGUUGCUGACUGAGCCCUGGCGCCUCCAAUCUCCAUCGGUUGCUCUCCCCCUCCUUGCGGAGGUGGGGAUUGCACACGCGCUGCAUCCUUGGGAAAGAGGGAGGUGCUCUCACUGGCGUACGUCCCCAACGUCCUUCUUCUCUGUUCCAUGGACGUUCUUCCAGACGCACCCCAAUUUGCAGCGCCCGCCGGACAACCUCCUGAGUGCUCUUUGGUCUCUCCCCCCUUGCAAUCUCAUCUUUCACAUUUGCAUUCAAGCCUUCCCAAAAAGGUCUCUGGCUGGGGCAGAAUCCUUCUCCCAUCCCAGCGCAUGGACUAAUGCAAAAAGCGGGAAUGGUACUGCCUUACACUGGCUCUGCCUUGUUUGAGCCCAUGUAUGUCUUUUCUGGCGAUAUCAAUGUCUAUAUUUGAUAAAAACACGAAUCCAUCGCUUUAAUGAAUGCAUCCGCAUUUUGGAGCGCCGGAUCCUUAUCUCUCCACAGAUUGCGCAGCCACGCUUUAGCUUCCCCAUGCAAAUGGGACAAGAUAAACCCCACCUUCUCUUGCUCAUCUCUAAAGUCUUUAUCCAGCAGUUCCAGCGCAAACAGCACGUCUGCUCGGAAGUUAGGGUACUGCUGCAAAUUCCCAUCGAAAUGAGAUACCAGGCUGCCUCCUCUUUUCCCCAGCCCAAUCCCCUCUGAUUUGGGUCCCGGUUGCCCCUGCUUAGCAAGCACUUCCAACCUGGCUUGGAGAUCCCUGCAGGCGGCAGCCGCUUCCUCUUCCCUUUUCCUGGAUGCGAGUACCUCCGCGUUGAGUUGUGUCACUGCAUUUUGCAGGGCUGCUAGUUGCUGUUCUGUAGUCAUCUUGCCUGACUUUUGUGAGCUCGCGAAGCACCAAUCUUCUUCCCUCGCUGCGUCCACUCACGUUACGAGGUUUUUGGUGCAAAACUUUUAGAGAUGGAGCUUACUGUCAGAGCUGGCUCCAGGUCCCAGCUCACAGAGGACCAACGCUAGCCGGCAGUAAUGUACAAAAGUCUUUAUUGAAGUACAGUUUCCAUUUUCAAGCCGCAGCGCCUCAGCUCUACGUCUAGGGGUUAGAUCGGCGAAGCUCCAUCUGAGUCUCCGCCCCCUGUACACCAGUUUAAGAUUCUAGCCUUACUCCACCUCUUACGUCUCUCCUUUCUCCUCUGGGUCCUGCUACCCCCCGGGGUCCCUUCCUUCCUGGAUUCUUCUGGCGCUGACCCCCUGACUCCUCCCCCUCUUUUCGGCGGGCUUUGGGACCUGGCUCCUAUCCGGGCUGCCAACUGCGCCGCCCUCCUGUACAUUUGAACUUGGCGCGCGCCCAGCCUUCAACCUUCCUCUCGACCGUUUCCUCGCUCCCCGAUGGAGGCGUGGCCAAUCCUGACUCAUGUCCUCCCACUGGCAGUGCGCCGCCUGAUCCCGAUGCCUGGGACCCCUCCCCCCCUACUGCACUCUGGUGUGGACGCUGGUCCUGAUUUCCAACUGCUGCUCUCUGAGUCCCCUCUGGCCCCUUCUUCCUGGGGUGUCCCCCUCGGCACCCCCCUUGCUCUGACCAAGGGGCCCCUUUCUGUGAAUCUUCCGAUUCGCUGGAAAGACUCAGAGACCUCGGACCGCUGUCAUCGCUAACAUUUCCUUCGGACUCCUCCCCCUCGCUCUCUAUUUCCUCCCUUUCCUGUGCCUCUGCUCCUGAACCCCUGACAACCACAUAAGUGUUUCUUCCCAGUUUAAGAAUUCAUACUCCAGUGUAUCUUUUUUUGCAAUCUUUGUAUGAUCGGACACUAUGAUAUUUGUGCCUAGGACGACAGGCUGGGCCGUGAUAAUGAAGUCCACAGGGAUCAGAUGGAGAGACUUGUAAGAGAAGAGCUGGAGCGAUGGGAAUCGGAUGACACGGCAUCCCAAGUGAGCCACAGACUGGGAACUCCAAUGGGGCUCAAUGGCCAGUCCCGGGCUAGGAGUUCCCGCCCUUCUUCCUCACAGUCCACAGAAGGCAUUGAUGCCGGAGGAGGUGGGAACAGUGGCAACAAUGUCCAUGUCUAG